AUGCGCUUUAUUUUAUUCAUAUUCUUACUGCGUUGCAUCGAUUGUGGAAUAGCGGAUCGAAAUUGUCAGCGGCGACGCGUCGGAUAUAUCACGUCGUGGGGAAAACGUCCGUUCACCGAUGCUCAGGCCGAGAAAUUGACGCAUCUCGUGUUCGCGUUCUUCACCGUCGACUCGGAUGCGAGUGUGAGUCUUGAGGGAGAAGCCGCCCGACAGCGUCUUCGCGACAUUCGCGACGUCGCCCGACGCCAUCCGCACUUGAAGCUCCUCUACGCCGUCGGCGGCUGGGAGAACUCGCAGUACUUCUCGGUGCUCACCGCCGAUCAUGCUCGUCGUUCGGUGCUGAUCGCGAAUCUCGUGAAGGUGCUCGUUGAGCACGAGCUCGACGGCAUCGACAUCGAUUGGGAGUAUCCGGUGACGGGCGGCGCCGUCGACGGAACGCCGGCGGAUCGCCGCAACUACGUGCAUUUGAUGCGCGAGCUUCGCGACGAGCUCCAACAGCUCGAGGACAAAACCCAACGAUCGUACAUCGUCUCGUUUGCCGGCGCCGCCGGCCAUUGGGUCCUCAAGCCCGGCUACGAUUUGGUCCAGCUCCUCAAAUAUUGCGAUUUCGUCAAUGUGAUGUCGUAUGAUUAUUUCGGCGCGUGGGAAUCGAAAUGGGGCGCCUACACCGGCCCGCCAGCUCCGCUCUACUUCGCGAUGCCUCCGAAAUCGUCGGGAAGGAUGAACGUGCACGCCACCAUGAAGUACUAUGGAUGCCAGUUGAAGGCAACCAGCAAGAUCAAUAUGGGCGUUCCAUUUUAUGGGCGCUAUUGGCACAACGUGGAGAACGCGAUCGAUGCGGCCGACGAUAUGUGGCGAAAGGCGCAAGCCAAGAAUUCGGAAGGCACCAAAUUCGACGGCGGUCACGUCACAUGGCACGAGCUUGCUGAGCGCUUCGACAAACGUCGCGCUAAAUUCCACGCCGGCUCGAAAGCGCCGUACAUCUGGAUGCCCGAGAAUAAGACGUUCGUCGGAUUCGAGAAUCCCGAGAGUCUCAAGCACAAGAUCGACUACAUCGUUGAGAACAACAUUGGCGGCGUGAUGAUCUGGGCGAUCGAUUUCGACGACGAUCAACUCUCGAUGCUCAACACGGUGGCUUCGGAUCGACUGUGCUCGAGCGCGAAAUCGGCGUUCAACUAUAAAUGCUCGCCGAUCGACGACAAACGCUGGUGGACGUACGAUGACAACGAGGAGUUGGCGGGCAUGUGCGGCAAAUCCGCUCCAUUGUACGACGGCUAUUAUCCGGUUUGUGAUCCCGACGAUCCGGGUCACGCGUGCUGCGGAAAGUUCGGCUAUUGCGGCAAUGGUCCCGAGUUUUGCGCGUGUCCGGAAUGCAUCGACUACGGAGCCGAUCCAACGCUGAUUCUCAAGGAGCCCAUCAAACCGACGCAGGAGAUCACUUGGUAUACGGCCGACGCCGGCGAGGGGAAGCGCGGAAGGUGCGGACGCGAGGUGCCGCCGUUGAACGGUCACGCUCCCACGUGCAAUCCGGAUGAUCAGAACGCGCAUUGCUGCAGCAACGGCGGCUAUUGCGGCAACUCGAAAGAGCACUGCGAAUGCAACGGAUGCAUCGACUUCGCCAAGAAUCGCGACUACAAGUACAAACCGCUGGAAUGGUGGACGUUCGCCGAGAAUCCGGCCAACGUUGGUCGCUGCGGCUACAACGCCCCUCGGCUUUCCACAGGAAAGAUCCCUAAAUGCGAUCCCGACUCUGAAUCCUAUUGCUGCAGCAACAGCGGCUAUUGCGGCAAGGGCGAACAGUACUGUAGCUGUCUGGGAUGUGUCGACUUCAAAGCCAACCCUCAAUAUGAGUAUUGA